GCUCCCCCUGCCGUAGUGGCGCGGACUGCGCUGCCCGGUGUCCCGUUAUUUCACAGGCUGUGGGAGCCGCGCAGCACGGCGGGUUGCGGAAUUGACUCCCCUUCCCUCGUCCCGGACUCCGAGCACUGCCGCCAUGGAAGCGGGGGAGGCGGCACACGGCAAGCCGAUCUCUGAAGAUCGGCGUCGGCUGAUCCCGGCAGCAGGCAGAAGACGACAGGGCAGUCUGGCCGCAGCCGUGGCCCAAUGCUUAGCCCUCGGCGUGAUGUGCACGGCCGGGGCCUACCCCAGCUGGGUCCUAGUGACGAGCGGCGACGGGAGGAACCAGUCGGUACUAGGGGUGGUCUGGGCCGUGCACCCGAGAGAUCCUGCUCCUGACUCCCCGCUCCUGGGUCGGGCCGGAGGCGCCCUGAUGGCUUCUAUAGCUGUCUGCUGCGUCCUGGCCAUCCUGAGCGGCUACGGGGCCUUGGUGCUGGACUUCCUGGGGCUGCGGCGGGGCGGAGUGGCCGCUCCCCUCCUGCAUGGCUUGGCCACCCUGCUCGCUGCUGGCGCCGCGGCGCUGUGCUCCUGCCUCUUCCAGUUAGUACGGAGCAGACUGCGAACUGAGAAGGAACUGCAGCACCGUGGCUUCUCCUCGACCCCUGGCCAAAGCUUCUUCCUCUCCAUACUGGCCUGCGCCUUAGCGGCCACUGCGACCGGCCUCAGCUGCAGCGCCUCAGCCCGUGUGGGACCUGCCGCAGGUCUCUCCCCUCCUGGGAUGGCGCGGAGGAGGAAAAGACCGAGCUUCCUCAAGCAGGAGGGAGAAGGGGCUAGUGACACAGAGAACAGCCUCCCCGCAUCGGAGGGGGAGGCUGACCCCCGAAAUGAGAAGGUGGUGGCCUUGGUACAGGGGGAAGCGGAACCCGGGAUGGCAGGCAGUCUCUGCUUCAUACAUGAAGAGAUUGAACCCCGACUGGCAGGGAGUUUCCCCAUCAUACAGGGGGAGAUUGAACCCCGACUGGCAGGGAGCCUCCUUUUCAUAAGGGGAGAAACUGACCCAAAUGGAGGCGGGUCUCCCUUUCAUACAGGCAGAGACUGAGCCCCAAAUAGAAGAGGAUUUCCCCUUCAUACAGGGCAACACUAAAUUCCAAGUGGCAGGGAGUCUCCCAUUUGUACAGGGAGAGACUGAAUCCCAAAUGGUAGAAGACUGCUCUUCAUACAACCAGUGACUGACUCUCACUCCAGGAAAAUCCCUGUUUCACUGCAGCAAGAGACUGAUCACCCUCCCCCCUGAGAGGGACACUACUCAGCCUCCUUUCCACACUACAAUAAGAGACUGAUGCAGCAAAAUGCUGCCUCACCCGCUGGCAAAUAACUUCCCAAAUGAGAAAGUAUCCCCUGCCCUAGGAAAAUCUAUCUUGUCAAAAGGAGAGACUUCCAACAAAGCAUCCUUCAAGUAAUUCCCUGGAAUGGAGAGAUCAGGAGGUGACAAACCAGAAUCCUUCCUCACCAGAAAGGAAGACUUCCACCAAAGUGCCUUAAAACUGAUCCUCAAAAGGAUUACAGCUCUCCAGGAGCUAUGCAGCAAAACCAUAAAACAGCAUCUUUAAAAACUGCCUUAAAACUACUACUAAAAAUAAGGGAAUGGUCCUCCAUAGGAGUGACACUGCCAAGUUUAAUUUAGAUUUGCAAGUCCUCAAGUGGUUAAUGAGGAUUUGGGCUUCCACAAGCCUUCCACUGUGUUCCUGCUAUUGAACUGGGCAACUCUGCAUCUUGUUGAAUGUUGUAACAGUGUUAAGAGUAUUUUAAGGAUUUGUCUUAGCUAUGUGUGUGUGUAUGUGUGUAUAUACAUAUAUAUAUACACACACACACACGUGUGUGUACACACAAUAAAACUUUAUUUUCUCUCUUUUAUAGUCUUACACAUAUCACAGUUUUAAGAUUUCUUUUAAAAUAUACCAUACUAACUAAAGAGUGAACAGAAGCUUACCUGAGAGAUAGAUACAUUAGUAAGCUUUUUAUACAGCAACAGAUUAUUCAAACUCUACUUAAGGCUGAAAUUUAAGUAACAGAAUAGUUUCUUUCCAAAACAUUUUGUAAUAAAAAGUCCCCUUAUAGAUAAGUGGGCUGAAUUCUGGCCCCAUUGAAAUCAAUGUGGCUCACAAUUUGCAUAGCUCUUUUAGAAGGCCAACCACAAUAGCAUAAUUAAUUAAUUAAAGAGCGUUCAUAAUAAUAACAAAGCAUUAGGUAUUUCUGACUUUUUAUAUAGCAUUAUGUAGACAGGUAGUUUUCAUUUAAAAAAUUACAAAAUCUAAUGUAAAUAUUU